AUGGGUCGUAUCUGUAUGUGUCAUGCGGUCCUGUACCAGGACAUCGAAGUCGUUGCCAUCAACGAGUUAGUAACCAAGUUCAGGUCUAUCCCUGUUCACGGUAACUUCAAGGGAGAUGUUCAUGCGGGUAAGGAUGGCAAGCUCCACAUCAACAACAAGCCCAUCCACGUAUUCAGUAAAAUAAAACCAGAGGACAUCAACUGGGGAUCGGUUGGUGCUGACUAUAUCAUCGCAUCGAGUGUGGUGCCAAAAAAAGUCAUCAUUACUGCAAUAUCUGAUGCGCCCACGUUUGUCUGUGGCGUCAAUCUCGAUACGUACAAACCCGAGUAUACCAUCAUUUCUAGUGCCUCGAGCACUAUCAAUUGCAUUGCCCCUAUCGCCAAGCUCGUUCACGAUAAAUUUAGCAUCGAAGAAGUCUUCAUGUCCAGUAUUCGUGCGGUCGACGUCACUGAUAAUAAAUCCGUCGCUAACAAUAUCAUCCCAACCUACACUGAAGUGGCGGAGGUUGUCAGAAUGAUAAUCCCCUCGUUGGAUGACAAGUUCACUGAUCUUGAAUUUCGUAUUCCAGUUGUAAAUGCGUCCGUCAUCGACCUUGUCGUGAAGCUCAAACGCACUACAACUUACCAUGCUAUUACGGCUGCCAUGAAGGAAGCCGAAGAGGGUCCGCUCAAGGGCACCUUGUCUUUCAUGGUCCUUGACCGUUCCUUCAAGUUGGUCACAUACUAUGCCAAUGACUGGGCAUACUUGAAACGCGUCUGUGAUUUACUUGUGUAUGUGGCCAAGAAGGAUGUGGAAAGGUGA